ACUUGACUGUUUAUUAUUACCAUUAUUUAUCGAGUAAACAAAUGAAAAAGUCACAAUUAACUUCCUUCUUUAUCAUUAUCAGUGCUACUUAUUAACAGCCAGGUAAUCAUGAUCGUCAUACAAUUCAUCUAUUCACUGAUUCAACCAUAUAUUAAUAUGAUUAAAACAAUUGGUUAAAAUCAAUUGGCAUAGCAACUGCAAAUAGAAGUGAAAAAUCAAUGGCAAAGAAUUGCCAAAACAAUUCAACUUGUGUGUUAUGAGAUUCAAUUAUCAUGUUAAUGAUCAUCUUAGCAAUCAAUUUGUUGUGAUAAAAUUGACUAUUAAUUGCUGAUUUAGAGGUAAAAAAAGGAUCUAAUUGCGAUGUUGACGCUCAAUUGAAUACUUUUGUACUCAUCUGGUAAUCAAUUGUUGAGAUUGAUUGAAAGGCUUGAGAUAACAUUAAUUGACCAUUGAAUUUAAUUCAACAUGGGAUAGCUUUUGUUCAAUUAAAAUUGCCAAUAAUCUGGUUAACAGUCAGUGAUAAAUCAGCAAUUAUGCAUUUAAUUGUUAUGGUCUGUGUAAUUGUGAGUUAAAAAUAAAACAAUUAAUCAAUUGAUCUGUCAAAAUUUGAUUUUCCUUCUCAACUUGAAAUCAUUUAAUUCACAAGCCAAUCAGAUUGCAGAUGAUUCUCGCGCUUAUUCACCACAGCAACAGAAAGACAAAGAAGGAUUCCUGUGAAUGUCAUCUUCGCAACUUCGAUCUAUGCUCAUCUCAUCUAAUCCUACUCUCUCAACCUGUUCCAAUGAUGCCUCCUGGUGAUGUUUUUGACCGUAUGUGUGCCUUUCUCAAUGAAAGCUAUCAAUGUCGGCAAGAUUAUUUGCACCGAUGUUCAACCCCAUCAGCAUUAGUUAUGAUUCAACUAAUGACACAACAAAAUGAUGCUGCCUUUAGCUCACUAUGUUCCCCACCCGAGGCAAUUCACUGGAAAAAUAAGUAUUCAGCUUCAUAUUAUUGUUUACAAUCAACUAAAAUGCUUUGUAGACAUUGUAUGUACGAUUAUCAGGCUGGCCUGGAAGCAGCGUUGGUCAACGAAACGACUCAAAUUACUGGUGGUUGCUGUGCCUUUAAUCGUCUGGUUGCAUGUACCUCAGACAUCAUUUUGUCCACUUGUGGUGCGGACGCGUUAGCAGUUAGCAAAAAAAUUGGUGCUAUUUUUGCUUCUUCCGUUGCCAACAAUCUUUGCCGUACAUAUCCAGAGGACAGUCAAUUUUGUCUCGAUUUGCUACCACCGAUUGGUACUUUACCCAAAGGCGAUCAUUUUGCUCACUAUUCUCAAAUAUUUGGAUCAAACCCGCAACUUUCAGGAGCUUGGGGUUCCAUGAAUGCUAAUCAAGCGCCUCCAAAAUGGACCGAUAUUUCCUCUUGGAGUAAAAAGCUGAAAACUUGAGAUAUUUGCUGACCAUUGACUUACCUUUCUUCCAUUUAAUUGAAGAGAAAACUAGUAUCGACUGGUAAUUUAAUUUGAAAGAAUCUCAUUCGUCUUGAUUAAUUAUAAAUCAAUUUGCUCUUGGAAAUAAUCAUCUUUGAUUGCCUGUAAAUUGAACAUCCCAGUUAAUCAAUUGACUCGUUGAAUCAAAUAUGUUAAUCUUUCAACAGAAUGUUCAUAAUACUUGUUAAAAUGUUAUAAUUAUUGAACUAAUCACUUAUAAUCAUCGAGUUUGUUUGUUCUCAUUUCUUCUGACAAUCAUUUUUGCAACCAAUAAUGAGCUGAUAAUUUCCUUCAAUGUGAUAUAAAUAAGAUUUACUGUGAAUUUAAUCAACUGUAUUUGCUUAAUCCAAAAGUAACAUUUAACAGUAAUUUGAACAAGGUAGAAAACUCAAUGAGCCUCUUGUUCAUCUUUUAUGUUAAGCAAUCAAAUAAAAGAUUAUUGUUAUCCA